GUCUUUGCGAUCCAGCUGCUCUCAUCACCUUAGCAAGGCACACUGCUCAUGCACACUCUGUGGCAUCAGAGCUACAGAGGAUGAGCAAGAGCUGCUGCCCUAGCUGGGCAUGGAGGAAUUCAUCCACCCAUCCUGGGGGCAAGUGCCUGCCCCCCUCUAGUGCCAUGCCUCAGACCAUGCCUGCUGUCCUGCCCCAGCCUGGUGCCCGUGCCAAGUCCUUCUCUGUGCUCGUGUGUGCCCCUGGAGCACAUGUCCGGGUGCUCAGGCUGUCAGGGAAGGGCAACUCCCAGCUGUGUUACCCUGGUGCCCCAUGAGCACCCACGUGCCAGUGGAGACAAUUUGCUGCAGACCUGCCCGUAGCUCUGUCCAUUGAGCCCCAGGGGCUUGAGGGCUGUUCCCGUGGAAGGACCAAGCCUGGUAGAGUGGGUGGCCAUUCUGGGGGGCACAGGGCUCAGGACCCCGAUCCCCUCUUCCUGAGCCCCUGCCGGCUGCUAGGACCCAGCAGCUGUCCCCGUGGGACUGCCACGGGUGCAGGCAGUGCAGGCAGCGCCGGGAGUGACAGCUGGUGCCAUCCGCAGCUGGCAGGCUGCAGGCAAACAGGAUGACGAGUGGGUGACGGGAGCGGGGACGGCGGAGCGCGGCCUCACACAGGGCCGGCAGCCCCGGUUCUGCUGCGGGAGCAACAGCAGCAAGCGGGACCCCAGUGCGGAGAGGAGCAUCACCCAUCUCCCCAGGAGCAAAGGCAAGGAGAAGGUAGCAGCCAUGGUUGUGGUGGGAUUACCCUCUCUGGGACACAGGAGAAGAGACCUUGCUGCCCAGGCACCAGAGCUGCUGGCUUAACGCUGGAGGGGGAUGGCAAGCCGGACGGGGUCAAACACCACGGACAGCCUAGAGCUGCUCUCUGUCCCCAAGCACCCCAUCGCCCAGGAAGUGGUGGGCCUCUUCUGCAUGAUCCUGCUCACCUUCACUGCCCUGGUGGCCAACAUCGUGGUGAUGGUCAUCAUCCUCAAAACACCCCUUUUCAGGAAGUUCAUCUUUGUCUGCCACCUCUGCGUGGUCAAUCUCCUCUCAGCCAUUUUCCUCAUGCCCCUGGGGAUCAUCUCCAGCUCCUCCUGUUUCAACUGGGUGAUCUACAGCAUUGCUGAGUGCAAGGCCGUGAUAUUCCUGAAUAUCUGCUUCAUCAGUGCCUCCAUUCUCACCAUCUCUAUCAUCAGCGUGGAGCGGUACUACUACAUCGUCCACCCCUUGAGGUAUGAGGCCAAGAUGACCAUCAGGCUGGCAGUGGCUGGAGUGAUUUUCAUUUGGGUCAAGUCUGUUCUCAUCACUGUCUUGGCGCUAGUCGUAUGGCCUCAUGGCAAUGGGGCCACCAGCGCCAGCCGCUGCACAGUCUACUGGAGCCCCGGGGCCCACAAGAAGGUGUUUGUGAUCCUCUUCAGCAUCACCUGCUUCAUUCUGCCCACCAUCAUUAUCCUCACUGUCUACUCCAGCAUCUACCGCGUGGCCCGGACUGCGUCCCUGCAGCAGGCGCCUGUGCCGGCACAGGCAGUUGCACCCAGACAGCGAUGUGACUCCAUCACCAGCCAGGUGACCAUCCUCACUGCCAGGAUCCUGAUGCUGCCCAGGCUGAUCCCAGAUCGCCUUCUGGGAAGCAACAAGGCCAUUCUCACCUUGGUCCUCAUUGUGGGACAGUUCUUGUGCUGCUGGCUGCCUUUCUUUGCUUUCCACUUGCACUCCUCUGUCACUGUUGGCACAGUGGGUGGUGGGCACGGGGAGAUGCUUGUCACCUGGAUUGCCUACUCCUCCUUUGCCAUUAAUCCUUUCUUCUACGGGCUGCUGAACCGCCAAAUCCGUGAGGAGCUGGCCCGGCUCCGGCGCAGUUGUCUUAACCGUUCACUGGGUCAGGAGUUCUGUCUUUCCAUCUCAGAGGCUUCUGUUCAGGAAAACUUCUUGCAGUUCCUCCAGAGAGCAACUUGCACACUGGAGAUGCACACCAGCUGCAUCAGCCCCAGCCCCAGGAACAGGCUGGACCAGACCACAGCAAGCUUUCCCACCCCAGGCCAAGUUCCCAAAGAGAGCAGCUGAGAAGGAGGCUCUGU